AUGAAAGAGAUUCCUAUAAAUGAACAUUUUAUCAUGAAUGCUGUCGGAGUUUCAAAAUCUUUGACCGGAGAGGAAUUGGCUGUGCACAUUGUUGCCAUUUAUCCAAACGGCUCUAACGUAACAACUACCUUACAAAGCACUCUAGGUGAAAAGGUUGAUUUAAAUUUAACACUUACUGGUUUUCAUACAACGCAUCCACUAGAUGUAUUAAUUUGUGGCCAUAUACUACCCGGAUUUCCAUGGUGGUUCGAUGUGAGUAUCCCAGUGGAUUUUAUGGAAAUUCUUUAUUUGGUGGAUUUUGUACUUUCAACAAUAAUAGCAAAUGAUAAUGCUAGAAAAAAAGUUAUUGAAGCUAAAAACAUCAUUCGAAAGGGAAUGGUUUCCAUUUUGCUGGUAGUUCCUUGUGAAAUUAAUAUCAUUCUCGCGAAAAGAGACAAAAGUGAAAUUAAGAAGAGUUCUACCGAUAUGUACAUAACAACCAUAUAUUUAUCAAUAUAUUCAAAGUCAGCGCCUUUGAAAAAGCUCAAGAUAACCAUACAAAACAAAACAGCCCCUGGGACAAUUAUGUAG